GCAGGGGCGCGCGCGGGGCGUUUCAGCCGCUGGAGAAGCGGGCUGAGGAGAGGACUUGGGGUCUGGGCGUGCGACGUCCGUCCGGGUAGCUACAGCUGAGCUAGGUGGGGCAGCCAGGUAACAAGCUCAAGAUGCCAGGGCGUUCCAGUUCCAGUUCAGGUUCCACUCGUUACAUAUCCUUCAGUGGUGUGGAGUCCGCUCUCUCCUCCUUAAAAAACUUCCAGGCGUGCAUCAGCUCUGGAAUGGACACAGUUUCUAGUGUUGCCUUGGACCUUGUGGAGACUCAGACUGAAGUGAGUAGUGAAUACAGUAUGGACAGGGCCAUGGUUGAAUUUGCUAAAAUGGAUCGAGAACUAAGCCAUUACGUUAAGGCUGUCCAGUCUACGAUAAAUCAUGUCAAAGAAGAACGUCCAGAAAAAGUGCCAGACUUAAAAUUACUAGUGGAGAAGAAAUUUUUGGCUUUACAGGAUAAGAAUUCUGAUGCCGACUUUAAGGACAAUGAAAAGUUUGUGCAGUAUAAGCAGCAGCUGAGGGAACUGAAGAAGCAAUAUGGUAUGCAUGCAGAUAGAGAGAAUGACGGGACCGAAGGAAUUGACGAAGAUAUGAUUGUGACCCAGAGCCAGACCAAUUUCAUCUGCCCCAUAACACAGCUGGAAAUGAAGAAGCCAGUGAAAAAUAAAGUGUGUGGCCAUGCCUACGAAGAGGAAGCCAUUGUCCGCAUGAUUGAAUCCAAGCACAAGCGGAAGAAGAAGGCCUGGACCACGGCUCUGUGCCUGUGACGAGAGUCCUCAGUGGCCACACUGGAGCUGACUGGGUUUGGCAUCUCCUGAGCUCUUAUCGCAGGAAUGGAAUGGCAGGUGUGACCGUUCUCAGGCUCUGACAGCAGUCCCUUUGAUGUGUGCUUUGCUUCUCCAUCAUCCAGCCCAAGAAUUGGAAUUCCCCUCCCCUCCCCAUGUGGGUGUGGGCUGAGAGAUAGCCGCGAGAGACUGGAGAUAGCUCCUUGGCCAUUCAGUCAAGUAACCUACAGUAUUUAUUCUAGAGGAGAAAUGGUUUGGCAUAGGCUGCCAAAUGUAAACCGCUAGUGCAUUGCUGUCUGUUUUGCAUUUCCACCUACAGUCCAAAUGCUGUAUUUCCCUAAUGACCUUGACAUUUUCCCUUUGAGCAUAAUUUUGUUACUGGACUUCCAAGCCUUCCCUUUCUACUAAUUUUUUCCGUGUUCCUUCUCUCACAAGCCAGAAAGGGUCAACAUAACUGCUAAGAAUACUUCCCAGUUCACUGUCUGGCGUUCUUCUCUCUGACGGUGUAUGAUGCUCUCCUGAAGUUCGGGGUGGAAAGUGCAGGGACUAGUACAAAGCAUGAUUCCAUUUCCCGCCAGCAUUCCCAGGGACGGUGGCAGAGUGUUCCCUCACUUAGAUGGCCCUCCUCAAGUACACACUCUGACUUUCCGAUGCCCUUGACCUGUUUUGAAUUGCACACAAUACUUGCAAGCACUUAACACUCGUCAUCCAGAGAUGCCCUCUUUACCUGUCAUGCUUAACUUGGGUGGCAGACACCCUGCAAAUGUUUGUAGUCUAAUGGUAUCCAGGUGGAAGAAGGUUAGAGGUUUACCACAAUGACAUUCUUACCAGGCCUUAAAAACUGAGCAAGAUGCCAGGGAAUGGUGAGGGAGUGCUUGUGCCAGUCCUCUUAAAGUUCUUCCAUUGGUAACCCCUGUUUUACUAGGUCAGAUCUUCCCCUUUUCCUCCCUUCCAUGUGUAUAUGUGUGUGGUGUGUUUGCAUGUGCAUAUGUGUGUUCACAUGUAUGGAUGUACAUGUGGAGGGAUAUACAUGUACAUUAUGUGCACAUACAUGUAGAGGCCUAAUGUUGCUGUCAUGGAUCUUCCUUGAUUUCCACCUUACUCUUAGAGGUAGGUUCUCUCAAACCCUAAGCUUGCAGAUAUGGCUGGCCUUACUGACCAGUGUGUCCCCCUGGAAAUCUCUGUCUCCCCCUUCUGAGUCUGGAAUUGUAGGUGGGGCUCCAUGAACUCCAAAGAUCUGACCUCUAGUCCUCUUAUUCGCACAGCAAGUGCUCUGACCACUGUGCCAUUCCCCCAGCUCCCUCACCCAAGACAUUCCUGUGCAGCCCUGAGUAUAUCGAUAUAUAAAAUAGGUACACAAAUUAAACAUUUACGAAUAAUAGGUUUUAAACAAAUUUACCCUAAAACAGUUCUUCAACAUAUGUAUUUUACCAUUAUUAAAGAUGAAAGCAAGUUUAUAUACUAAUGAGAUGGAUGUGUUUAAUUUUACAUAAAGAAUUAAAUAUUGGCUGAAUAUUUGAUAUUGCAGACUAGAGUACGUUUUUCAGUUGAUUGAAACUAUUGACUUUCUAAUUGUCAGUGCUGAGAACACUAUAAAUACAUAGUACAAAAAUUGGCAGAACUAUGUUUACAGCCAUUUUAGGAACUGUUGGGAAUGUUAUCUUAAUCCCAAGCCAAAAUUCAUUUUACAAUUUUUUGUAAAAUGUAACUCACCACAGUUUCUAAAAUCAAACAUUCUACUAUAUUACAAUGCAAAGAUAUGGUGAUUUGCUAUAAUCUGUGGAAUAAUCAUAGGAAAAUACUGUCUUUUCUGCCAUUAAAUCAUAUGUUUCCAUAAGAGCAGAAAACAUGUGUACAGGAAAAACCACAGCAAUUUAUAACACACAGUUAUCUCAGAUCUGAGCUGAGGUGUUUCCUUGGCACUGUGAGGUGUGACAGCAUUCACAGUGUAGAAAGUGUUCACAACCAAAGCUACAGUGAAGUUGUAUGGUGCAACAUGGAUGACCAUGGACAGCAGAGAGAUGGCUGUUAAAAACACUUGCCGUUCUUCCAGAGGACCCAAGUUCAGUUCUCAGCAUCCACUUGAAACUCUAGCUCUCGGGGAUCCAAUAUCCUCUUCUGGCUUUCAUACCGGCAUGUACAUGGUGCGGCAGACAUGCAUGCAGGCAAAAAAACUCACAUACAUAAAAAUAGCAGAAUAAUUUUUAACUGGGUUUUUUGUUUGUUUGUUCAUUUGGUUUGUUGGUUGUUUUUUUGUUUUUUUGUUUUUUGUUUUUUUGAGACAGUCUCCUUGUGUAGCCCUGGCUGUCCUAGAACUCACUAUGUAGUCCAUGCUGGCCUUGAACUCACAGAGAUCCACCUGCCCCUGCAUACUGAGUGCUUGGAUUAAAGGCAUGCACCUCUACACCCAUCAAAAACUGGGUUCUUGACAAGAGCCUCACCCCAUCAGGCCAGCUUUCACUUGGUGGGCCGUCCAUAUGAUGGUGGUGACUGUUGGUGGCGGGAAAAUAGAAUGGCACUGUAGUGAUAGAACAAGCAAUAGGCUAGAGAUCUAUCCUAGAGGCCAUGAAUGUCAGCUUCAUUGUCUUCCUCAUCUGUAAAUUGAUGGUAGUCAUUGUAGUUUUCUCACUGGUGCAUUUGAUAUUUGUAAAGUAGCUAAAGUACCGAGCACAUACACAGUCAGACUCAGUGACCGUGACCCUUCAUUAUCUUGAAGUGUUAGCCAGCGUCUUCACCAGCAUCUACCAGUUCUACCCCAUAGGCACAAGAGACCUGGUAGAGGAAGGGGAAUAAGAGGAGCCAACCUGGAGCUGAGGAAGUCCUCCAGAAGCAGUGCAGGGGGCGGGCGCCAAGGGCUUGUGCUGCUCGUUAUACAGUGGGCUCUCUUACAGAGAGUGAGCGGCGCAUCCCUGGGGGUGAGGGUGUGUGCAAGUGCCCCUGACAGAAUGGGGCAACGGGUUGUAAGUGGGAGAGGAGGAGGAGGAGGAGGAGGAGGGGACCAUGACUGCCAUUUCUGUUGAGUGUCCAGAAGCAGUUGCUGGAAAGAGAUGGAAGAGGGCAGAGUGUCUAGAAGGGUUCUGAGAGGCUCAGUUCAGGUCAUCCGAGUCUGCGAUCACAGUGGUUCAGCCCCCUGAAAAUAUCAGAGGGACAGGCGUGUGGGCUUCGCCCUUAGAAGGUGACUGAGCUGGCCGUAAAUAUCAUGUGGAUCUGAGUAUAUAGGCGGGGUCACUGUCACUGUUUGAGACACAGCUCUGGAGAGGCGAGCAGGACAGAGCCGUGGCUGGCAAGAGCUCUCCUCACCAUGGUGCCUCAGCACCUGACUCAGAGCCUGCAGUCAGUUCCAAACAGUUUCUUGUUCAUCAGUUACAGCAUCAGAGGUAGAAGACCCUGUGGGAAGCAGCCUAAACCACACCCAAGACAAGGUGUUACAGUCACGGGAGCCAGUGUCAAAACCCAGGGCACACAUGGCAGAUCAGAACUCACGGUCUGCGCACAGCUUACCCCAUAGGCUUCUGAUUCAGCAUGAAGUGAUGUCAUUUCCCAUGAAGCGGUAUUUAAAAAAUGUCUGUGACACAUCCUGUUGGAGAACUCUUUCUUUCUCCUGUUCCAAUUAUGUUACACUACUGGAGUCCCAGGCACAUUGUGUUACUGGGUACCAUCUGAACUUUCCCAGCAUGCUUCAGUCCCUGGAGGCCUCUCCACUGGCUCGAGGAGGAAUAUUCUUGUGGAGCUUUUCACCCUAAGUAUACUGUUGGAGUCAUUUCCUAAAAUAGAUCUCUUAAUCAUAAAGCUCGCAAAUAAAGCUGCCUGCCGAUUUUCAUGCUAAUGAGUUAUGGCUGGUUUUGACCCCAGCCAUUUGCUUUGGUUUUCUGGUACUGAGCAGGACCCUUACCAGUCAUUCACAGCAUGGCAGAAAACGUGAAGUGAAAUGUGUGGUGUCAAAGCAGAAUUCACUUAGCAACACGUCACUGAGCCUCUCAACCAGAUUCUUUGUGUCUAGAGUGGCAAUUACACCAUCAACUCAAAAUUCCAGAGUCCCUGGAGCUAACAGGGAAUUCCUCCCAGAUCUGUACGAGCACAUUUCUUGCCUGUGGAGAAGACAGGGAGCUGGCUCAGUCAGACUCUAGCUAAUCCCCAAAACUCACAUUAAAGUGCCACGUAUGGUCACACACUUGUAACCACAGCACUGGGAGGAGGAUUAGAUCCUGGCAGCCCUGGGCACACUGGCCAGCCAGCCUAGAGUAUGCUUAGCAAGCUCUAGGGCAACGAAAGACCCUGUCUCAAAAAACUAAUAAAUGUGGUAGUCCCCGAGGGGAGAGCUGAGGAUGUCCUCUGACCACCACAGCAUGCACACAUGUGCACAUGUACACAGCCGCCGCCUGUACACACAUGGGGAGGGGCAGCCCUGAGAGGAAGCUUGCUGGUGUACAGCAUGAACACACAGCUACGCAGCCCUAUGGCUGCCAGUCAUCACACUUCCCCCACUGCUCUGUGACACAUCACCCUAGUCUUGGAGGGCAUGGGACAGAAUUGCUCCUGUUUGUAGGUAUGACAGGAAUCCACCCCACUCUUGCUGCCAGAGGCAUUCCACCCACUUCCUGGAGCUUAUGGAUCGGACCUAGGCAUUCUUAGGACCCAAAUCUGAGCCUCUCAAGACUCACCAUGAUGUGAUCAUGAGCUGAGACUGAGGCCCCAAUUCCCGCAGCCCCCUGAGACCCUCUGCACCCUGAGGCCUUUCCUUAGCAGACACUUAAGUGUGCCCUACACUGUUAAGGAAUGCUCUGCCCUGUGGCUGACCCAGGCUCAGAUCAGCCUCUCCUUCCAGGCCUGUGGGUCUGAGCCCUUCCAGGGGAUGAUUCGAUAAUGGAUGAUUCGAGAGUUGAAGGUGUUGCCACACCUGACUUGCUCACCAGGAUGUCCUGGGGAUUAUGGCCUAAUGCUUGGGUAAUGUUGUUUCUCAGAGCAGGAGUGCCCUGAUUCAGGCCCAUGGCAUCAUGGCCUUUUCUUAGCCUUUUUAGUUUAAAAGCUUGUUUCUCUGGGGUGGGGUGGGAGACAAGGCUGUACCCUGGUUCCUGUGCCAGCCUCACCUCCAGGAAGUCUCCCCAGAGAUCCAUUCAUGCUGUUCAGUGUUGUUUGUACCCUGUCACUUGGGGAGCUGUCUUGUUUGAGGAGACGGGACUGGUAGCUAUGGUCUAGAACAGCAGCUACUGUGUGGUAAGGCCUGGAGCAUGAGCCUUUGCCAGUGGCCAGCUUGAUUCUCACUGCGCCAGAAUGCCUUCCGUCAGACCAGGAACUCCACUUCCCUCCGUUUGCAGGGAAAACCUUGUCCGGUCAUUUGUACAGUAUCAGCGUCAGGGGAGCUGACUGCCUGGUCUUUGCUACUCUUCUGGAGAUGCCUCACUUUGUAGCCCAGGCUAGCCUACAACUUUCUGUGUGGUUCAGUCGGGUCUAGCACGCUUGAUCCCCCUCUUGCGUCCCAGGUGCUGGGAUUCUCUCAGCUCCUCCAUGUUCAGUUGUAUCUUUGCUGUCAGCUCCUAACGCCCUCCUGCCCCUUGGAAGGACUACUGGAUUUGUAUCCCUGUCCCCAGAGCUGUCUCUGCAGGACACAGAUGUCACUGAGCUCCAGCCCAGCAUGACAUGAGUGAGUGUGGGCGCCUCCCCUGCAGCCCAGUUGUGUGGUUAAUUCCAUCAGCCGUUCUCAGAAUGCCCUCAUUUACUGACUAAAGCCACUGACGUCACCAGGAAGUCCUCCCCCCUCGCUCUCCACUUCCCUCUCCACUAGCUUAUUCACCGUCUGGCAGAUGGAGGUAGACUUUGUUCUCAGGAGUUGGUGCACCCAAGGCUUGGGAGUCAGAAGUGGGGCUCAGGGCUUGCCCGUCAGGGAAGUUUACCCCCAGGAACCUCCUGUUCUGCAUUUCCACGGCAGGGAAGCCUAAGGGAUGACAGUCCCCGUUUCUAAAAUGAAUGCGUGUAUAUCUUCAUCAUCUCAUACUUAAGGAUUUCAGAGUACAGGGGACAAGCUGGCCUGGGCAGCUAGGGCUACACAGCAAGACUCCACCAAAACAGACAGACAGACAGACAGAAAAACUCAUAUGCCUGAAUAUACAGAGCACAUUCAGCAUUUCAACAUUAAUUCCCAUUCUUAAUUUUACCAUCCGUUGCUCCAAAGAAAGCCCCUGUGCUUCGAAAACUCCUUGAUCCCAAGAUCAAGGCCAAGAAAACCCUUUCUUUCCUCCUUUAUCCUUGCCUUUCCUGUGACUUGAAUUGUAGCUCUCGGGUCAGCUUCCCUCCCUUCUGCCUUUUACCUUUCUCCUUCCUGUGUUUGCUGUGCCUUUUGAAGAGCUGUCUCGGGUCCUGGGGCCAGCCUUUGUGUGGGCCAGAAUCCUGUUUGUACUUCAGGUUCUGUGGCCCAGAGCUGACCACACAGGAGCACCCUGAAUGGUGUGGAUGUGUCCUGGGUCUCUGCGAGGACAGACAGACCAGAUAACUUCAAACUUCCCAAGAGAAUAGUAGCCAGUCUAGGAGAUGGGAAAGUGGAAGGACAUUAUGGAGUAGUUCUGAGGCUGUUGUCACGUGGAAUAGGGACCCUGUCCAUAUUUUAAAGCAGGGGGACCCAGGCUCAGAAAGUUUCUUUCAGCCACCAACCAGUAGGUGAUUGAGAGAAUUCAGGACCUCCAUAAGCUUGAGUCCAAACACUGGGCACUCAGCCCUGCCCAAAUCUCCUUCAUAGUAAAAAGAAAUCAGGUGACUCAGACCAAACACUGCCUCAAAGGAGAUGGUUAACUGAGCAAGGCCUUGAGCUCCACCCUUUUCUGGUGACUCACGUUCUUCAGUCCCCACCUCAGGCUCCUGGCCAGUCCCUAAUGCCCCACUCAGUGUCUCCACUGAGAGGUUUAGUGGCAUUCAAAGGGACGUAGUCCAGCGGGACUCCUGGCCCUGUUCCUCUCCUGUGUUCCCGUUCCUUCCCGUCACAGUCUGGGGCCCUGCAGUUGCCCAUCUGUCCCCCCUUUCUUUAGGCUCCACUUGCCUUCCAGCCGUAGGUUCUGCGGGUCCCGUGUCCCAGUGUGUGCUAGAGCCAGUCUCUGCCAGGACACUCCAGCAGACCUCCUCACCCCUGCUUCACCUCCCGACACCCAUUGUUUCCCUGCUUCAUUCUUUGCCCUUUAGCCCUCUGUCCUCCCCUAAGUCUAAAAAGGAAAUGAAAUCACACCCCAGCCCUCUCUGGAAAAGCUCCAGGGGCUUCUUUUCAUAUUUAAAAUGAGAUCCUGGACUAAGGAUGUAGCCUAGUUGGUGGAGCAUUUUCCUGUCAUGCAUGAAGCCCUGGGUUUGACCCCCAGCAUAGCUUAUAACCAGGUCUUGGUGGUGCAUGCCUAUAAGCCUAGCACUGGCGAAAUGGAGGAAAAUAGGAAGUUCAUUCCCCUCUAGGUAGGAAGUUCAAGGACAACCUGGGCUAUGUGAGACUGUGACUCAAAACAAAACAAAAAAUAAUAACAAUAAAAUAAUAAUCCAAAGUGUCACUUUGCCCCUGAGCUCACCUCCAAAUUCUUUGUUUUCACUGCAGAGCACCUGGCUGUGCCUUCUGGGCAGCCUAGGCCGCACACCAGAACGCACGCACGCACGCACACACGCACGCACGCCUGUGUCCACCCUUCCUUCCCAUCUCCCCGAACCCCAUGUCCCCUCUGCCCUGCAUUGCUUCACUGCUCUUGUGGUGUGGUACUUGGCUACGUGGUGACUGCCUGCCUCCCAUGACAAAGCAAGCUCCUAACUGUAGGUGCUGCUCACCCGUCGUCGCUUGCAUCCCCAGCUCCAAACCAAGCCGCCCUCCCCUGGGGACAUGUGCAUGACUCUAAGUUCUGAGGGGUUUGGUUUUCAUCCUUGUACUCUGUAAAAUGUUCUCAUUCCAGUGCCUGGCGAUGAGGUUGGUGCUUAAGGCACGGAAGUGAGAGGGACUGAUGCCUCUCUUUCUCCUUCACAGUUGCCCCAAAAUUGGCUGUAGUCACACGGACAUGAGGAUGUCGGACCUCAUCCCAGAUGAAGCCCUGAGAAGGGCAAUCGAGAGCCACAACAAGAAGAAAAAACGCCACUCUGAGUAG